AGAAGUGCCAUGCCGCAGCUCACGGAAGAGUUGAUCCGGAAGCGUGCAGAGCACAAUGAGGGCGUCCUCUCGGACCUGGAGGAAAUUGCUUUGCAUCAACAGGAGAUUGAGAGAAUCGAAAGCAUCGAAGCUUGUUGCCGGCACAUCAAGAUACUGCUCCUUCAGAACAACAUCAUUCCAAAGAUGGAAGGUUUGAACAAGUUGAAAGAGCUGGAGUACUUGAACCUGGCCUUGAACAACAUCUCCAAAAUUGAGGGCAUCGAAGGAUGUGAAUCCUUGAAGAAGUUGGAUCUCACAGUGAACUUUGUGUCCGUGGAGGAGCUGGAAGAAAGUGUGUACAACUUGAAAGCCAACAUGAUGUUGGAGGAUCUCUAUCUCACGGGCAAUCCAUGCGUGGAUUGGUCCGGAUGCAGAGCCUAUGUCAUCGCCCAUUUGCCUCAGUUGAAGCAACUGGAUGCAAAGAUGGUGGUGCCUCGCGAACGGAUCAAAGCGCGACAGCAACUGCCGAGGCUACAGCAAGAGCUGGAAGUUGCCAUUGAGGAGGCACGGCGGAAACGCCUGGCCAGCGCGGGUGAGCCCGUCUCCGAAGGGGCCUACACCAAGGAAAGUCGCAACGAGAUGUAUUUGGAGCUUGCCGAGCAAAAGGCGGAGAAGGAGCGCAAUGAAAGGCGGCGCAUGGGCACGGAGCCAAAGGAGCCCCGUGUCGUGCCUGGCAUCUACAACGCCAGAGGGGAGCUGCGACAGUGCAAUGAAGGCAAGUACAACUUCGACCUGGAUGACUGGACCUAUCCAGACAAGAUUGUCUUCGAGCUGGCCGUUCCCAAGUACUUGGACACCAGUGCUCUGGACGUAGAUGUGAAUCCGCUCUACGUUCGCGUUGUGGUUAAGGACAAGGUCACGCAGUUGAAGCUGUCUGGAGAGGUGAAGCCGGACGGCGCCAAAGUGCAGCGCUCACGAACCACAGGCGUGCUUCAUAUCGACAUGCCCUUGUUGCAGCCGCAUGAAGUCAAAGAGCGCAAGGCUCCAGAGCCCGAGCUCCAGCCUUUGAAACCCAGCACGGAGCCUGCGCCUAGGCUUGGCUACAAUGGAGGGGAUGGCGAUCGGUCCAAGACAGUGUCUAUACAAGGCAUUUACAAGGAUCCCAAGCGGGUGUCAAAGAAGCAGGACACGCUGCUGCGGGAAGUGAAAACCACUCGAGUUCCUCAUGGAGCGCCGACAGCGUUAGAUGCGGAUGACGACGAGGUUCCGCCUCUGGAGUGUCGCCGUUAAGGCACGGCGCGUUGCAGCGCCGCGUUUCACCCGAGGGCGUCAGCAAGGCGAGGCUGACCAAUGACCAAUAAAAU